AUGGCCAGUUCUGCCCUUUCUUUGAGUAGAUUGGGUUUUACUCCUCUUCAUCUUGCAUCAAUACAAUGCCAUGAUGAUGUCAUUGAACUGCUAAUUCAAACAUACAAAGCCAACCCAAACAUCAGGGACCACAGUGGUAAGAAACCAAAGCAAUAUUUGAGCAGUUCUGCAUCCGCCAGGUGUCAACAACUUUUACAAACUCGAUCGGUGAAGUCAUUUGAUGAAAACUUUGAACGAUCUGAAGCCAUACGCAAAAGUAAACGAGUUGCUGUUGUAGGCAGCUUGAUCAACUCUUCAAACAGUAUGAAAGCUCAACCAAUUAUGAGAUCAAGUUGGGGAGGUUCUUGUGAGGAUCUUUACCUUCUUAGUGGCAACCUAUCGUCUCAUUCCGCAAGUCCAAGCAGCAGCCAAGAAGGUUCUCCAACCUCAGGCAGAAAAAAUCUGGGAGCAUCCAGUCUGAUGCCACCUCCGGUAGCACCUGUUCGCAAGAAGAAACAACGGUCUAAGACAAUGUAUUCCAGUAAAGAAAACUUGGAUAUGGACUUUGUGAACAUACGUUUACAACGGAAGGGCUCCAAUACAUCACUGAACUCUUCUUCAUUUGUAUAAUAACAUGACUCUAGCCAUAAGUGUGACCAACCAUGAAAAGUCUGAAUCCACAAGAUGGGAGUGAUAUUUGGAAAGAAACACCAGCUUCAGGGUGGUCAAUUAAAAACUGCUGCUGAUUUAUAUGAUCAUUUAUCAUCUAUUCAUUUAUUCCAAUCACUAAUAAAACAGUGAAAUAACAACUUCGUACCUGGCAAUCACUAGAA